UUAUGGCAUCUUGACAGGGUCAGUGAUGUGAAAAAACUAAAGAUGGAAGCAGAGAGAAAACAAGAUGUUGUUUGCGUGUCUGCUAUGAAUGGCGAUGGGUUACAAGAAUUAUGCAAUUCAGUUCGGGAAAAACUGAAGGAUUCUAUGGUAUGGGUAGAAGCUUUGGUUCCAUUUGACAAAGGGAAGCCUCUCAAGAUCAUACAUCAGGUUCGAAUGGUAGAGAGAACUGAAAGUGGGACAUUGAUCAAGGCUCCCGUCCCCCUUCGUUUUGCAAGGUUGCUAACUCCUAUGAGAUAGUUGUGUAAAUCAUAACUCUUUAGCGUAUUUGAUGCUCUUGUAGAACUCCAAGUACUAUCCAUGCCAUUCAUUGUCAUGUACAUAUGAAUCAUCUGACAGUCAUUUCUUUCCUGUUUCUAUGGGGGAGAGACCACCAAUUUUUUUAAAUAUCCUUUCUUUUACA